GAGACGGAAGGAUACUCUCGAUCAGAUCAAGAUCCUGGUGGACCCGGGUCGAGCGCGGACGAACCGCCGGAGGGGACCUUCCCGAAGAGACCACGACGGCGGCAAAGUCUACUGGACAGCAAGUGUGUGUCUUCGGCAGUUGGCAAGUGUGCUCGGCGGUCUUGGGAGGCCUCGAUAGCGGUCGUCGGAACGUAUCUCUUCAGCGGCUGUCCCCGGGCUGUCUUCGGCGGCGAUAAAGCCCCCGGCUGUGUCGCGUGGACAGCAGAGUCCUCGGCCGCCCCGCGGAGCCCCAGGCAUCGGCGUCUUCGUCGACGGCGAACCAGCGUGGUCAGUGAAGGGGUGAGUGAGGUCCCGCGACAGCGCGACGGCGAUGCUCGACAUGGCGCCAGGGACGUCCAACAUGCUGCGCGCCCGGCGGAAGGACAUCAACGUGAAGCCCAACCGGCGACUGGACCGCAAGUCGUCGCGCGGGAUGCUGUUCGAGAACGAGGAGCUCCGCCUGCGGACCAUCAACAUCAACGCCGAAGUGGAGAGAGGUCAGAGCGACAUCAAGAAGCUGCGCAAGGAGAACGAGCACCUGCGGCGGGAGAUCUGGGGGCUGCGGGACGAGUACGACCGCCUGGAGAACCUGCUGAAGAAGAAGAGCGCGCACGGGUCUGAGGAGGAGGAGGGGGAGGAUGAGGACGAGGACGAGGAGUACGACCAGGAGGACGAGGAGGAGGAGGAGCGCGGCCCCGCCGAGGAGGACCAGGACAACGCGCAGAACCAGCAGAAGGCGACGCGGCGCGACAGCCUGCGCGCAGACUUCGACGGCCUCAGCGUGGUGGACGAGGAGGCGGAGGGCGGCUCGCAGGCGGACGUCGCGGCGCCGCCCUACUGCGGCACCAUCACCCUGCCCGACGGCCGGCAGGGCGUGUUCUUCAGCGACGCCAUGGCGGCGCCCAGGAGGAAGAUGAACGGCGCCGGACCCAGCCCCGAGGAGUACCGCGCCUUCCUGGCGGACCACGGCCUGGCGGCGGCUGAGGCGGCCUACCCCGAGCUGGAGGACCGCCCAACCGCCGCCGCCGCCGCCGACUGCUACGCGGCGAGGGGCGGGCCGGACGUGUUCGUGACCGGGGUGUACCCCGACUCGGGCUUCCAGUCGGGCGGCGACCUGGACCAGCUGCUGAGGGACGUGCAGCGCGGCCUGCCCCCCGCCGCCCCCGCCGCCGCCGCCCCGUGCUCCACGCCAGAGCGCUGCGUCGGCGGCGGCGUCGUCGUCGACUUGCGUCAGCCGGCGGCGGCGGCGGCGGCGGGAGGGGCAGGGCAGGAGGCGGCAGUCGCGCGCGAGCAGCCGCAGUCGGCGGGCCCUGGCGGCGGACGCGCGAACCUGCGGCGCGGGCAUGGCGCGGACCGCGGCGCCCCUGGCGGCGGCGAGGAGGACGACGAAGACGAGGCGACGGUGGUGACCACCACCAGCUACUCUCCGGAGCGCUACUCGCUGUGCGGCGGCAGGCUGCAGGUGCUGCGGCGGCGGCGCCGGGCGGUGGUGGCGUCCAGGCGUCGCGGCGCCGAGCGCGUCACGACGCACACUUCCACCACCACCACCGUGCAGCGGCGGGCGGGGGAGCGCGCUCACACGCUGGUGCUGCGCGCCGACUGGCCGGACCUCACGCCGCAGGAGGUGAUCGACGCGCUCGAGGACCGGCUGGGCGACUGCAGCUGCGUGCGCGGGGUGCUGCCGUUGCCGCGCUUGGGGGAGUGCCACAUCUGCGUGACGCGGCGAAGCGCGGCCCGCGAGCUGCUGCGGGCAGGUCUGGACCUGCGCGGCCGGCGCCUGGCGCUGAGGGACGCCACGCGCGACUCGCUGGUCGUGCGCCUGGCCGGAGUGCCGCACCACGUGGACGACUCGGCCGUCGCGCUGCUCGCCGGCAACUUCGGCGCCGUCGUCGGCGAGGUGCAGCGGCGCGCCUACAAGGGCGUGGACACGGGGGAGCGGCUGCUGCGGCUGUGGCCGCACGCCUCGGCAGAGACCUUGCCCGCCGCCGUGGUGCUGUGCGGGGCGCAGGUGCAGGUGGAGGUGCUGGACCCGCGCCGCCUCCCAGCCCUGGACGGCGCAGACAUGUCGCCGCUGGAGCCACACACGGGCCGCUCCUCGCCCGACAGCCUCGGCGCGGCGGACAGCAGGUUCCGGUCGCAGCUGAACGUGCGGCUCAAGCUGCCCGACUCCUCCUCCUCCCCGGCGCCGCCCUCCCCGCCGCCCCCGCCGCCGCCCUUCUUCCAGACGCUGCCGAGCUGCCGCCGGGCGCCGCCCUGGCCCGCGAUCGACGACGGCAACCCCUUCGCCGCCGACUGCCAGGCGACGCUGCCCUCCGGCGCGCGGCUGCAGCUCACCCCUGAGGUCCUCUCCGCCGCCGGCAACCCCUUCACAUUCCCGCCGCCAGCCGCCGCCGCCGGAGGAGGCUCGGAGGACCGUCCGUCCACCCCCGCCGCCGACAAGCGUACCCCCGGCAGGAAGGCCAGCGGCGAGCCUGGCGCGCGCAAGAAGUCCUCCGCCGCCUCGGGCCGCAAGGCCAGCGUGGUCGUCGGCGACCCCCCGCCGCCCCCCGCCGCCGCCGCCGCCGACGUGAGCCGGUGCUCCUCCUCGUCGGGGCAGGACUCGCCCACCAAGUCGGAGCAGCAGCGGCGACAGCGGCGCGUGUCCAUCCACUUGAACCGGCGCGGGCGGAAGGACUCGGCGGCGGGGAACGGCGCCACAGCCAGCGAGAGGGAGCGGACCAACAGCGUGAGCAGCAAGUGCAGCAGCGCCGCGGGCGGCGGCCGCCGGAACCACGCGGGCAAGGACCUUGAGCCGGCGGAGCACAAGGUGCCCUGGUGCGGCUGCUGGGGCAACGGCUGCAUCUAGCAGCUCUGGUGGACCUGCAUCUAGCAGACAGGGCACCUGCAUCUAGCAGGCUGGUGGACCUUACACUCCCUUUGACCUGGACGCCGAGGGUUACCGCCUCGUCAAGCCAUCAAGGACCUCGUGCCGACGAGCCACAAGGUAUACCACGGUGCCCCGCCGAUCGGGAAAUGACUGUCACUAGUCACGGCGCAGAUUAUAAAAAAUAUGUAUUGUGGUUCACGUCACGCCUUUGGGGCUGGUUGGACUAUGAAGCACCGCCUCGGAGCUGAUGAAAGCGACAGUUUUAUUUAGUUUCGGCGCAGCGCUGAAAUUAUGAACACUCUGCAGAAGUGGUUCUAGCCAACCAUCACCUUGAGCCAUAGCACUACGCAAUUUUCUUGACUUGGUUACAGAGGGAAAAAAACCUUAUGUUUUACAACCAGCCAACAAGAAAUAAUAAAUGGUGAACUACAAAAGUCCCAUGAUCACUGGAGCAAUUGCUGUACAUAGUUACGGUGCAAUGCUGGAAGAAAACACUCCGUAAGAAGGGUAUCCUAUAGUACUAGUCAACCCUUGUAAUUUGUAGCCCUUGCGUUCCUUUUUUACUUAGGCGCCGAGAGAAUAGUUUCAUGUGAUAACAACCAUUCACACACCUACUGAUGAAUGCAGUUAAGUCCAACUACAAAGUCCAAUGGUGCUACUGCUGUACUACUACUGGUGUAGUUAAUCAUGGUUCACAGAUCAAAGAAUGUCCUGUUAAACGUUUCGAUCAAGCAGACAUAUAGGAUUCAUUAGACUUGGGUGUACAGAUAAGAGUUUCGUGUGAUAACAGCCAUCCACACAGCUACCAAGGACUAGAGUUAGUCAACCGCAAAGUCCCGUCGUGCUACUGUUUGUGCAAAAGAUGGUGCCCAGAUGGAAGGACGUCCAGUCAAAAUCUUGGAGCUUUCCUUCGAAUUGAGUGCGGAGAGAAGAGUUUCAUACGAUUACAGCCACCCACAUAGCUACUGGAGUCAGUCAACCCCAAAUUCCCGUGGUGCCACAGCUGUUUCUAGUUACUGCGCAGUGCCAUAAGUGAAGCCUGGUUGAAGGAAAAUUAAGGCUAAAAAAUUCGACUUAUAUUAUGAAGUGGAACACAGCUCGUUAUUGAGUGGUGGAAACUAGUUGAUAUUUAUGACGAAUGUAUGUUAUUUUUGAAUGGCAGUUUCAUUGGUGAGUUGCACGUUCUUCUUUUGUGAGAAAAAAAAAGAGACAACAUCAACGCGUUAUGGAAAAUUUUGUAGACUGAAACUUUUGAGCACAUAGAAAAAAAAAACAUUUCAGGAACAUCUGACGCACAUUUCUUAUGUGCAAACGUGUUCACUUAUUUUUAUAACACGUUCCUUUUCUUUUGAUAAUAAAUACGUCUUC